AGGAAUUAGUUAAUGUACUAAGGAAUCUUAAUUUCAAACAUAAUUAUAUACCUUUUAAAUGGUCUUUCUUACUGACAUGCUACAGGUUGAGAAUUAAACAUUUCUCAACAAUUUCAACUCAGCCUGGACAGAAGACACAUUUAAAGAGAUGUCUCUGGCACACUGGCAUUCAGCUAAUCAGACUUCACACGCAUCGGUCAAUAUUACAGAACAACUGAGAUCUAUCACUGACAACGAUAUUGUAGAUCAAGGAUGGACUGAAGACUCCUUUCCAGGAUUAGAAAUACUGUGCACAAUUUAUGUUACAUAUGCUGUAAUCAUUUCAGUGGGUCUCCUCGGAAAUGCUAUACUCAUCAAAGUCUUUUUCAAGAUUAAAUCAAUGCAGACGGUUCCAAACAUUUUCAUAACCAGCUUGGCUUUUGGAGACCUGCUUCUUUUGUUAACCUGUGUGCCUGUAGAUGCAACACGCUAUAUUGUGGAUACCUGGCUCUUUGGAAGAAUUGGCUGCAAGCUGUUAUCUUUUAUCCAGCUAACUUCAGUUGGAGUAUCAGUGUUCACUUUAACUGUUCUCAGUGCUGACAGGUACAGAGCUAUUGUUAAGCCCUUGGAACUGCAAACAUCAGAUGCAGUUCUGAAGACCUGCUGUAAAGCUGGCUGUGUUUGGAUUGUCUCCAUGAUAUUAGCAAUCCCAGAAGCUGUAUUUUCGGAUUUAUAUUCAUUCAGCAAUCCUGAAAAAAAUGUAUCUUUUGAAGCAUGUGCCCCUUAUCCUGUAUCUGAGAAGAUUCUGCAAGAAGCUCAUUCUCUGGUUUGCUUUUUGGUGUUCUAUAUUAUACCGCUAGUUGUCAUUUCUGUCUAUUAUUUUCUUAUUGCCAAAACAUUGUACAAAAGCACAUUCAACAUGCCAGCUGAAGAACAUGGUCAUGCCCGUAAACAGAUUGAAUCUCGCAAGAGAGUGGCAAAAACAGUGCUGGCGCUAGUUGGUUUGUUUGCCCUCUGCUGGCUGCCUAACCACAUUCUCUAUUUGUAUCGAUCUUUCACCUACCACUCUUCCGUAGAUGCCUCUGCCUUUCAUCUUAUAGUCACUAUUUUCUCCCGGGCUCUGGCCUUCAGCAAUUCCUGUGUCAAUCCCUUUGCUCUUUAUUGGCUGAGUAAAAGUUUCCGGCAACAUUUUAAAAAGCAAAUCUUGUGUUGCAAGGCGAGGCUGCCCACACAGCCUCCCAGCAACACACCUACCAGAGCUUUGUCAGCCACAGGCAGCACAAAUGGCUCAGAAAUCAGUGUUACUUUGCUAACAGAUUAUAGUAUCACAAAAGAAGAGGAGAGUGUUUAGUUCUUCGAUCAUGGAGAAGUGCCAACAUCAUGCUUUCCCCAAGAUUCUAGUGCACCGGGACCCUGCUAGGAGCUGCAAGUAAACAAAAGAAUGCAUCCUUUAUACA